AAACCCGACCGGGGGGCGAAAAAAAGAGCGGGCGGCUGCCGUUUUUCUCCUUGUUUGUAUGCAUCUGCAGGAGCAUGGACGACCAGGAAUUAGCCCAGUUGGAGACUCUCUGCGCUCAGUUUUACGGCUCUUCGGAUCCGUCUGCAAGAACGGACGCCGAGAAGGCGUUGGUGCUAUUCUCUGAGUCAACCGGAAGUUUGACAAAAUGUCAAUUUCUGUUGGAACGAGCUCAGAGCUCUUACGCGAGGUUGCUGGCUGCUAACACGUUGGAAAAGUUGGUCACCAAGCCGACCAGUCAGCUGACUAUGACGCAGCGUUUGGAAACGAGAAGCUACAUACUGAACUAUCUGUUUUCACGUCCGAAAGAAACUCAUUACAUUAGUCAAGCACUCAUCAGACUUAUUGCUAAAAUUACGAAAGUUAGUUGGUUUGACACUACAAGUAUUGAAGAUCCUGUCUAUCCGUUUCGUAACAUAUUGGAGGAGGCAUCCAAAUUUCUGCAAAGCUCGUUAGAUCACGGUGUGGUUGGAGUUGAGAUUCUAUCGAAGACUGUCGAGGAAAUGAACAAAUCAGAAUAUCUUCGGUCACUGACAAUGCACAGAAAGAUUGCCGCUUCGUUUCGAGAUCAGAAGCUGUUCGAUAUCUUUCAACUGGCAGCUAGUCUACUGAAACAAGGAGUCGGAAAACAACUUGAAAACGAAGCGCAACAUUCACUGAUGGGGCAACUGUUGUCGCUUGCUUGUAAUUGCUUGACGUUUGAUUUUAUUGGAACGGCUGCCGACGAGGCGUCUGACGAUAUGGCGACCGUCCAAGUGCCAACCAGUUGGAGAUCAGAUUUUCUUGAUCCGGCAACACUGCAGCUAUUUUUCGAUCUCUACUCUGCUCUUCCAUCUGCCCUCUCAUCAAUAUCUCUGCGUUGUCUUGUUCAAAUGACUUCUGUUCGACGUUCGCUGUUCAACACACAAGAACGCCAAACGUUUCUCAACAAUCUGGCUCAAGGAGUGAAAAGAAUAUUGGAAAAUCCACAGGCUUUGGCUCAGCCCGAGAACUACCAUGAGUUUUGUCGGUUGUUGGCUCGAUUGAAAGCGAACUAUCAGCUGGGAGAGUUGGUCAAAGUUGAUAACUACUUACAGAUUGUUGAGCUGAUGGCAAAGUUCACUGUCUCUUCUCUACAAUCGUGGCAGUUCUCUGCAAACAGUAUUCACUACCUUCUCAGUCUCUGGCAGCGAAUGGUGGCAUCAAUUCCAUACGUCAACGCAACAGAACCUCACAUGCUUGACACAUACGCUCCAGAGAUCACAAGAGCUUAUUUGAUUUCAAGAUUGGAGUCAGUCGGAGUCGUGCUGAGAGAUGGACUGGAUGAUCCUCUGGAUGACAUGGGACUCGUAGGUCAACAGCUUGAUCAGAUGCAAUGUAUUGGUCGGUGUCAGUAUGAGAAGACGGUUACGCUCGUCGUCUCGUAUUUCGACUCGAUGGCUCAGUCGUACCAAGACUCCGUACAGCAGGGAUCUCCUGAUGUCAGACUACAAGAAGGGCAACUGACGUGGCUUGUUUACUUUAUUGGUUGUGUAAUCGGAGGACGAGUGUCGUUCACUAACAGUGAGGACGAAGACUCUCUGGAUGGAGAAUUGGUCUACAGAGUGCUGCAGCUUAUGAGCCUUACAGACUCAAGGCUCCCACAGGGAGGCGGGUGUCAACGGCUAGAGCUUGCGAUGAUGAACUUCUUUGAACACUUCCGGAAAAUUUACAUUGGAGAUCAAAUCACCAAGUCUAAGGUGUACAAGGUUUUAGCAGAGAGACUAGGCAUCACUGAGGAAUCCAUGCUGUUGACGAUAUACAUUAGGAAGAUAAUUUCGAACAUGAAGUUUUGGGCGAGAAGUGAAAUCGUUAUUAAGAAGACGUUGCAAUUGUUCAGCGAUCUUUCUGUUGGGUAUAGCAGUGCAAGGAAGUUAGUGAAACUCGAGUCGGUGCAGUUGUUGCUGAACAAUCACACGCCAGAGCAUCUACCAUUCUUGAUCAGCCGUGCUGGUGCAGAUCAACUUGACAUGCGAUAUAGAACGACGUUCUAUUCAGCACUUAGUCGAUUGCUGAUGAUUGAACUAGGAGAGGAUGAGGACAGGUUUGAACGGUUCAUGUUGCCGCUGGCAGAAACUUUUCAGAGAGUCGCCGGGCAGCUCGCCAACGUCGGAUCACCCGUCUUUCCAGAAGACGAACUCAGGCUCACUUUCAUCGGUCUGUGUCGUGACCUCCAAGGCGUUGCAUACGCGUUUGUAGGCAAGACGAGUUUCAUGAUGCUUUUUGAGUGGUUAUAUCCAAGACACUUUGAAGUCUUACAACAAUGUCUCACACUGUGGUGUCAUGUACCUCAAGUGUCUACGCCACUAUUGAAAUUGGUUGUGGAACUUGUACAGAACAAGCAGCAACGGUUGCAGUUUGACGUGUCGUCUCCGAGCGGGAUUUUACUCUUUAGGGAAGUGAGCAAGAUUGUUGUGACGUAUGGAUCUCGGAUAUUAUCAUUACCAAACAUUCCAUCAUCCGAAAUUUAUGCAACAAAAUACAAAGGAGUAGCCAUCACAUUCCAAAUGCUAAAGUACGCUCUCUCAGGCAACUACGUGAAUUUCGGCGUCUUCCGUUUGUAUGGUGACGAGGCGCUUGAUAACGCUCUCAACAUGUUCGUCAAGCUCGUCAUUUCUAUCCCACAGAACGAUCUAAUGCAUUAUCCCAAGCUUUGUCAGGCAUAUUUUAAUUUGUUGGAGGUUGUAGCUCAAGAUCACAUGAACUUUUUUGCAAGUGUGGAACCGCAGAUUGCAAUGUACUUGUUAUCAUCCAUCAACGACGGACUGUCAUCGUUAGAAAUGUCUAUUUGUACUGGUUGUUGCGCCACCUUGGACUACGUUGUCACGUACAUCUUCAAGAGUCUGAUGAAACACAAGGUCACCUCGGGAAGGAACGAAGAGAGCUCCCCAAUACUGAGGAUACUCGACCUACAUCCCGAAGUCCUACACCAGAUGCUGUCUACAAUAAUGAAUAUUAUAAUGUUUGAAGACUGUAGGAAUCAGUGGUCAAUGUCUCGGCCGCUGCUCGGCUUGAUUCUUCUUGCCGAGAAGCAUUUCGAGCAGCUACGGGACUCUGUUAUACGAAUGCAGCCGACCGACCGACAACGAGCGAUGGAAGUCUACUUUCAAUCUCUAAUGGAGGGAGUAGAGCGCAAUUUGCUCCCUAAAAACAGAGACAGGUUUACUCAAAACUUAUCCGUAUUCCGUCGUGACGUCAACAACUCCAUGAAGGAGAUGCCAGUAGUUGUACUGACACUGGGCGGUCCUAUAGGCGUGGUCGUCAAUGCCUCUGAUGUUCUCAGCGAUGCCAUAGACAUCAUCAAUGCUGCAGACGCUAUGAGUUGAUAACGAAUGUUUCGAUAAGUUUGCAAGGACGUUUAGUAGUCACAAUGCGACAAAUAACAUUCAUUCCAACCCUCGCUAAUGAUUGUUCAACGUAUGCGGUAGGCAAACAAAGCAAUCGGUUAGAAUUGUGCCGUCACAUGCGAUUGGUGAUUAUGCAUCAUGCGUUUAAAUGAUUUGUGAGUCACGUGUGUGUGUUAUACUGAGUAUGUACAUACAGGUCUGUUGGU